GUGUGACUUCCCUCUUUCACUCAAGUGGCCUUCCGUGAAAUGGCCGUUGAAGUACCUUCCCCGAACGGGCGUUCUGCUUCGCCAGCAUCUGCGGUGAAUAGCGGUGCUCCCGAGGCUGGGACAACAAAUGGGGCCGAGCCAGCGAAGCCGAAGUUCAUUGUGGGGAUGAUAUACCCUCCACCCGACAUAAGAACUAUCGUCGAUUCUACAGCUGGCUUCGUCGCCGUCUCCGCAAAUCCGAUCCAGUUCGAAGAGAAGAUUCGUGAAAACCACAGACAAGAUCCCAAAUUCUCCUUUUUGAAUCCAGCUGAUCCAUACCAUGCCUACUACCGUCAUCGCAUUGAGCGGACGCGUGAAGGUGAUGUUGAUGGCGCCGACCGAUCUGUUGUACCAACUCCUGCUGCGGAAACUGCACGACCAGAUGGACCGCUCAGCACGGCUCCAAAAGAACCCCCAACUCUCCCUUUCGUUGUUGAAGUUCCCCAUAAAAGCGCUCUUGACCUGGACAUUCUCAAGUUGACGGCUCUCUUUACCGCUCGAAGAGGACCGACGUUCCUCAGGUCACUCUCUGUGCGUGAAGGGAGAAAUUACCAGUUUGACUUCUUGAGGCCCGACCACUCGCUCUUCAGCUACUUCAACCGUAUCGUUGAACAAUACUCCCGGGUUCUCUAUCCACCACCGGAAGAUAUCGAAAAAAUAGAAUCUUUUAAAACGCCGGAAGGUCGUGACAGGUUCCUGAAAGACGCGAAAGCCCGUGGCGAAUGGCAACGGUAUGAAACUGAACGCGAAGCAAAACGAGCCAAAGAACGAGAUGAAGAAGCCAUUGCCUUCGCUGAGAUUGAUUGGCACGACUUUGCUAUUGUCCAAACUAUCGAGUUCACUCAAGCUGAUGCUCAAUCCGAGCUCCCUGCACCGAUGACCAUUCUCGAGAUGGAGGAACUCACGGAGAAGCAGAAACGUGUGGCCGCUAUGAUCACGGAGGACACGGCUCCUGAGGUCGAGGCUCAUAAAGCGAGCCAGGCUGCUGCGGAUGCCGCUGCCGCUGCCUCUCAGAGCGCAGUCUCAUCCGUGAACGGAGUUAAGAAUGGAAUGGACGCUGUGGACGAUGAUGAUGAAGAGCAGAAACAAGUGUUGGCCAUGCAAGAAGCGGAACAGUUAUCCAAGGCGAAGGAGCUGCAAGCUCGCUCUGUCGAAUCUGGCGCACCAAUGAAGAUCCGCACCGAUUAUAUUCCGAAGAGUAUCAAGGAGCGGAAUGCAAAAGCUGCAGUCACGACAUGCACUAUUUGCGGCCAGCAAAUUCCCGUCAACGAGCUGGACGAGCACAUGCGUAUCGAGUUGCUCGACCCAAGAUGGAAGAGUCAACGAGAUACCUUGGAAGCUCGGAAAGCGCAGGCAUCCGAGCUCCAACGAGGUGCCGAUGUUGGUUCUGCACUCAAGCAACUCGCUCGUGCGCGUGGAGACCUCUUCGAUGGAGAUGAUGAAAAGCGGAGGCAACAAGAAGAGGAAGAAAGACUUCGCCGCAAAGAGCGCGAGAAGGCCGUUUGGGAUGGUCAUACUGCAUCAAAAGAAAGCACACUUAACAAGUAUCAAGCACACGUCAACUUUGAUGAGCAAAUUGCCGCUAUUCACAAAGCACACGGUCUUGGACAAGCCGAUGUUUCCACCAUCGGUCCUACCAUUGGACCUAAUAUCAACCCCAUCCCAACGACAUCAACACUUCCACCACCCCCACUCUCCCUCCCACAAAACCCCAACACACUCGCAGCCUCCCAUCCUAACGCAGUCAUCACCGCCGAACCACAACCCGCAUCCGCCACGAGUUACGCACCCACUCAAUUACCCCUCCCUCCAGGUGGAGCUGCAGCUGGGAUGCACCCUUCACGACUUGCUGCCCUUGGCGGGAAUUUGUCUGGUAGACCUGCAGAUGGCGCUCCGGAGGGUGAACCCAUUGCGAAACGUCCUCGGAUUGAGAGGAUCGAGGGGCACUAUUAUCCUGAAGAAGAUUGGAUCAAUAUGCACCCUGAAGCCAUCACACUGUCCGUCCAACUGCCCAACUACUCAGAAAAAUCUGAGUGGAACCUUAAUGGAGCGGUCAUCACUAUUCCCGACAUCCCACUCACAUUACUCGUCUCAUCAUUACGUGAUCGAAUCAUCGCGAACGUUAAAGCAAAUAUACCUGCGAGUAGGAUUCGGCUAUCGUUUAGGAAUAAGAUGUUAACAAAUGCGAAUACGUUGGCAAGCUAUAAUAUGGAUGAUGAUGAUUUGGUUGUGAUGACGCUUAAGGAGGCAAGGAAGUGAGUAGGGUUGUCGGUAUGUUUAGGAGGACGUCUGGAAUUAGGGAUAGCGGGACGGCAGACAGGAUGAUACAAGUGGGUGCAUGAUUGGGAAGCUGUUUUUGAUCGAUGAGCCCAAGCUUUUGGCCUCUGAUAUCCUGGUCCGGGCGCACUGUUCUGCUUAAACCUGCCCAUAGCUAGUUUCCUGGCAGUUCAGGCUAAUGUGUAUGUGCUUGCGCACAUCACACGAAAUACCCCUCUUUGUUUGUGCAAUUGGGCUUGUAUUUCUUCCACAUCCCUUCGCCCCCAAUAUAGUGUGCCCUGCAUGUGUAUUAUAUUAUCGCCCACGAUAUCAUAAUUUCAUGGAUGCC